ACGAGAGUACGUCACUCAGCAUCAAUGUGUUUCCCUCUCACUGAUAUGCUUUGGAGGAGGAGUCUAUGCAGCAGAAUAGACAGAAUUGUACCCCUCCCUCAUUCUUUUGCACAAACAUCACUAUGCCUACGCGCCAUCCAGCUGUCCUGUGUUUACCUCUGAUAUCAGGAAAACCCAACAGGAAUGAAUUGACCGGUAGAGUCCUCCGGGUGUAGAUGCAUCCAAACUGAGGCAAGACAUUCAGUUUUUUCUUCAGCAUUUUUUGUGGAGUUUAUAUUCUGUAGAGUGCCAUCAGCCUCUUCGUGUGGACUUACCGCUCAUAAAUCCCAUGAUGCUUUGCAGCAGACCUCCAUGCUAAUGGAUGAGAAAAAAUGGAUGGGUGUCAUCCAUCAAACAAACACAAACCUUCACAGACACCUUUUGUACAAACCAACACAGCAAUGGAACUGAAUGAAUAUAUCAGCAUCUGAACACAACUGUUAGCAAAGCGAUGUGACUGAAGGUAAAAGAGUGUUUUUGAUUGGUAGAGCUGCAGACCUGCCCUCGGUUCCGUCCCAGAAUGCUGAGCCCAGUUCUCUGUUCAGAUCUCGCAGCUUUGGAGCCAGAGUACACAGAGGCUGAUGUCAUCUCUACGGUGGAGUUCAACCAGACUGGAGACUUCUUGGCUACGGGAGAUAAGGGCGGGAGGGUUGUCAUCUUUCAGAGAGAACCACAGGGCGAAUAUAAUGUUUAUAGUACAUUUCAGAGUCAUGAGCCUGAGUUUGAUUACCUGAAAAGUUUGGAGAUUGAAGAAAAAAUCAAUAAGAUUCGCUGGCUGCCUCCACAUAACCCCGCCCACUUCCUCCUCACCACCAAUGAUAAGACCGUAAAGCUGUGGAAGGUGAGUGAGAGAGACAAGCGAGCAGAAGGCUAUAAUCUGAUAGACGAGAAGGGCAGACUGAAGGACCUCUCAACAAUCACCACUCUACAGGUCCCUGUGCUGCGGCCGAUGGAUCUCUUGGUGGAGGCGUCCCCGCGGCGUGUUUUUGCUAACGCACAUGCAUAUCACAUCAACUCCAUCAGUGUCAACAGUGACUGUGAAACAUACCUGUCUGCCGACGACCUGAGAAUUAACCUGUGGCAUCUCAACAUCACUGACCGCAGCUUCAAUAUCGUGGAUUUGAAGCCAGAAAACAUGGAGAACCUCAGUGAGGUGAUCACGGUGGCUGAGUUUCACCCUCACCACUGCCAUCUGCUGGCCUUCAGCAGCAGCACAGGAACCACGCGCCUCUGUGACAUGAGAGCGCGCGCACUCUGUGACCAGCACGCCAAGCUGUUUGAAGAGGCAGUGGAUCCAUCCCGCCGAUCGUUCUUCUCAGAGAUCGUUUCCUCAGUGUCAGAUGUGAAGUUCAGUCAUAGCGGCCGCUACCUGCUCACGAGAGAUUACCUCACCGUUAAAGUCUGGGACCUCAACAUGGAAAAUAAACCAGUGGAAACAUACCAGGUCCACGACUACUUGCGAACCAAAUUGUGCUCUUUGUAUGAAAGCGAUUGUAUUUUUGACAAGUUUGAAUGUGCCUGGAACGGAACGGACAGCGUGAUCAUGACAGGGGCUUACAACAACUACUUCCGAAUGUUUGACCGGGCGAGUCUGCGUGACGUGACUCUGGAGGCCAGUCGGGAGGUGUGCAAGCGCCGGGCCGUCCUGCAGCCGCGGCGGGUGUGCGUGGGCCAGAAACGAAAAGAGACAGACGUCAGCGUGGACAGUCUGGACUUCAGGAAGAAAAUCCUCCAUACCGCCUGGCAUCCCAAAGAAAACAUCAUCGCCAUCGCAGCCAGCAACAACCUCUACAUUUUUCAGGACAGACUGACGCCCAACGGACAUCACAACACGCCAGAAAUACAGAGUGCGCCUCACAAGUAGAAGACGCAGCCAAAUCCAACGUCCUUCAGUAUGGUGCAACACAUGCUAAAAAUCAGUUCAUUUCACAUUUUCUGAUCUGGAUUCAGUGUCGCCAGCAUCAGAACAAUCUCAAGAACUAUUAUGAACAUAUAUAACUUCGAAAACUGAGUAUUACAAACUAUAACUGUGGUCCUGAAUGAGAAUGUAUCGCUCAGAUUCAUUGCUAUCGCAUGGCAUGCAGUAUGAAAACUUGGGUAAGAUAAUGUUCAGCUACUCGGACACGUGAUUCAGAUCACACAUGCAUGUUUACAAAGCUGUCUGCUCACGAACAGGGCUUAUUUAACAAUGAUGAUUGUAAACGAAUCGGAGCCUUUACGAUGAUUUAUAAUGCUCUGCAGUGCUUGUUGAAUUAAUGUCCGUUCGUUCUUCUCAGGCUUUAGUUUUCUUUGGUUUGACAAACUGCUCAGGGACUUUCAAAGGCCUCUUCUUAUGUUCGGUGGCAAAAUGCACCAAAACGAAAUCCAGAACAAGCAGAGGACAGGAUGCGGGAAUUAUGGAGGUCUGCUGAGAGACAUUGCUGGAAGGAAAACAGCAUGUGCAGGGAUCAGUUUCAAUGCUGAGUCAUCACUUCCCCCCCACCUCAAUGUGUAAAGAACAUUCCCAAUUCAACGCUUCUGACCACGUAAUUACAGGCGCUUGCUAGCUUGUGCACUGGUUUAAUGAUUUCAUAGUGUGUUAAAGAAAUAUUUCUGCCAGAAAUGAAAAAGAAUCUCCCACCC